AUGGCAGAAAACGACGACACAGGCCACAACAACCAUCCCGAAACUUCUGCUUCGACUCCAAACUCGACCAUCGCUGCGAACAGCGGGACGAAAGCGCCCAAGGAUCGCAGUUGUCCUUUUUGUGGACAGGCCUUUACAUCUUCGAGUCUGGGUCGCCAUCUCGACCUCUACAUCAAACCGAAGAACCCCAAACCUGCGGACGGGAUUCACAAUGUCGACGAAAUCAGAAAGAUUCGAGGAAACAUCACGCGCCGGCAGCCUAGGACUAGCAAGGCGACGAGUGUGGACCGUGAGCGCAAUAGUGGAGGGGAUAGUAACAGUACGCCCGUCAAUCGGGAGGAAUACAGGUCGAGCACAACAGCGCACAGUCAGAUGGCAGAGGACAGCCCUAUGGUCUCGCCCGUGAACCCAAAAGACAUCAAUGAGCCGGCGCAUUCCGCGCUGAAUUCUGCGAACUGGCAAGCCACCGGCGUGAUCAACAAUCUGCCCCCGAGAGCGCCGUCGCGGAAUAAGAAUGGCCAGAGCAACGAUGAAAUUCCAUCUGCCAGGGGCCAGGGGCAGCGCGUACAGCAGAGGAGGCAGGACACGAGUGGUCACAAGAGUCCGCAUCCUGACUACGAGAAUGAGGGCAUGUGGAGGUUGCAACAGGACGCGGAACUGGGCAGAGCGGCAGAAAUGGCUCUUCGCGAAGUGCUGGGCAGCUUGGAAGCAGCGCAGAAGAGGACUGAGCCAAAGGUCCUCUUCGACGAAUUCGACUUCUACUCUCUAUCCUUUCCCGGCCUUUGUCUGGCGAUCUUACCGCCACCCAGUACUCUCUUCAGCCCGACACCAUUCCCUUCUGCGGAGUCGUGGACCAUUGGACCUCCGGGACUGCGCCAAUACGAAGCCAUGGUUCGAUACGUAAACACGCGCUUCAACUCCAAGAAGAAAACGGAGCAGAUUGCGGAUUCGGUGGCGUUCAAACACCAUUCGCACUUAUCUGGGGCAUGGGAACAUUGGCAGAACAUGACGGAGAACGAUCGCGCAUCAGCAUGGAACCUGGAAGUCCUUCGCUCUUUCACGCGCGCACAGGAACAGAAGCAGCAGCUCCGUAUAGAGCUGGAACAAUCCCAACAGCACACCCGACAUCUCGAAAUGGAAUUUGACCGAUUAUCCAGAUGUCAGCUCCCGAGAGAUUUCCUCGCCCACGCCGUCAACACCGUUCCGAUACCUGCGGGUGUGAUGCGAGAAGUGAAAUCUUCCGCGUACAAGACCGAAGCCGCAGAGGCCAACUUUGACGUCGAUGUGCUCUUGUCGAAGUGGAGAGCCAAGAUCAAAGCUACAAGUCGACCCCGUGCGCCACGACCAGCGGCAGGCGGCAAGCCUAACGUGCCCAUGUACACGCAAUCCCAAGCGCAGCCCAUGUCCGACGAUAUCGUCAUGAAUGGAUCCGUAUGGGGUAUAGGCGGGCCCUUACGGCGCGAAACGGAGCCACAUAACGAAGGCACUGCCGGCGAGAUUGUCGAAAUAGCCUACGAGACACCUCCGAAUCCGGGAAACGUCACCAGUGUGGACGACUACGAUGCCGCAGAGAACGCAGAUGUGGAUGCGGAGGGUGAGGCGGAAGAUGCUAGUGCUUAUGCAGAACAGAGAGCCUUGACGAGAAGGUUACCAGGUGGAGCAGACCCAGGCUGGCUGAAUGCGAAUGGGAAAAGGCCCUUGGGGUCGUCUUACGCGGCCGGCGGCGGGAGGUCUUGUACGAGGAUGUAUAGAGCGCGGCAAGAGGAAGACGCAGGUUGA